CUUAACAUUCAUUAUUCCUUUUUUUUUUUAUUUGAGUUAAUAAAAACUCGAAUGAAUAUUUGUAAAAUCUAGGCUUCUACCUUCUGACCGUUUGCCGAAAACAGCGCCGUGUUAUACAGUUGUACUUUUGUUUACUGCAGCGUCAUGGCCACGUCAAAUAUGGGUCACAGUUGCCUUCAUUUUCUCCAAAUGAAGAGACUAUAAAACGAUUUUCCACAUUUUGAUCGAAAAUAGGUGGAGCUAUUCACAACUAUAGAAGGCUAGAGAGCAGUAGUAAGUAAAUGCCUUCAGCUUUUUAAGACAAAAGCCUACAAUUCAAACACACCAAAUAUUAAAAGUUGUAAUGACAUUAUAAUGACACUGACAGUUGACAGUAAUUAAGCCGUCAUUGGAACACACGUCAUUUAUUGUAUUGGAUUGGUUGGGUCACAAACGAAAAGAAACAAAACUUAUUUGAUAUUAUAAAUUAUUCCACAACUCCUCUAGUAUCAGGUUUUGCUGAUAAAAUGGAUCCUCUGAUGGAAGAAGAGAUAUUCGCGGAGGAGCAGGCCACUGGCACGAGUCUGUUCAGCCCCGUCACCACCACAUUCCAGUUCCUGGCAGCACACGGGUGGUUUGUCCUGGGCGGCAUUGCAGCGGCCAUCUACUUGUACCACAAGUUUCGGCCGACGCUCGACAGAUGGCGCCAGCAGCGCGAGGACGCCGAGUACCAUAAGAACCCUGACAUAGCGCUGGCUCGCAUGGAGGCGGUGCAGCGCGCGCGGGAGGCGCAGCAACAGAAGUUACUCGCUGACUCACAGAGGGCGCUCGAACUGCAGAAGGAGGUACAUUACUAA